AUCCACCAAUUUGCCAAGCCAAGUUCAUAACAUAACAUACAUAAAAAAUUAAACAUACUCCAAACUUAUAACAAUUAAGUAAUAACUUUUGCAUUAGAUUUUGAAUUGUUUAAAUAUUUUUAUGUAAGAUGUAAUAGUAGUAAUUACGAAGUACUUCUGUUGAACUAAGCAAAGAAUUUGCCGCAAAAAUAAAGCUAGUAUAGAAUAUAUGGGAUAACUGUACUAAUUAAAAUGACUUUUACGGGAUUUAAAGCAGGUACUAUAACUUUAGAUGAACCAAGAUUAAUUUAUUAUUCUGGACAAGUGCUAUCGGGAACAAUUCAAUUCGAAUUGGGGGACCAGUUAACAUUUACAGAUAUUAAAGUAGUUUACAUUGGUCAAGCAAUUGUGAAAUGGUCUGAAAAUGAAGUUCAGAAGUACUCAGGUACUUCAAGAGUGCGUCAGAUAGAUUUUUCUGGAAGAGAUGUUUACUUCAGCACUGAACAAUUGUUAUGUGGAGGGCCCACUACGCUCCCAGCUGGUUCUCAUUCUUUCAAGUUCUCAUAUCAAAUUCCACCCAGUGCGCCAUCUUCAUUUAAAGGCAGCAAGGGUUCUAUCAAUUACCGAGUUGUAGCUGUUAUGGAACACCAAGAUAUGAAAAGAGAUGAGUUGAGUUCUGAUUUUGAAGUUGUUGCACCUUUGGAUUUAAAUACCGUGGAAGAUAUCAAGAAACCCAUUGUUCUUGAAUUUGAAGAUGUAUCCUCUUGUAAUUGUUUCUGUCAGGACUCAGUGAUAAGUGUCAAAAUAGUUUUACCUGUGUCGGGCUAUUGUCCAGGGCAAAUGAUGCAAAUUAAAAUUGACUCUAAAAAUUACAGCAGUGUGGAGGUUAGGAAAAUAGUUUUCCAGUUUGUCAAGAGAGAAAGAUAUCAUUCAGAGCAACCAAAGUCAACAUACACACCACCAGAAGAGAUUUUGGAAACAUUGGUUCAAGGUCCGAUAUUGGCAAACACCAAACGGUCUUUCACAUUUCAGAUGAGAGUUCCAGAUAUAAUAGCAUAUAACCUUGAGGCAUGUAAUAUAAUAGAUGUUGCCUAUUUCUUAAAGGUAAAAGUAAAGAUGUCUGGCUGUGCUGAAGAUCUAGAAGAUGAGUGUGAAUUAUGUAUAGGUUUAAUACCUCUUAAGGAAACAGUUGAAGGGACAUACAUACAUCCACUUUCAUAUUUACUUCCAAAAGCGGCCCCACCCAAUAUUAACAAUAUUUCUAAUAUACCCAUACAAUUACAAAAUGUGAAUCAAACACCGUAUCCACAAUGUGGUUCCAGUUCUAAAGUUCAAAUGCCAUUUACACAGGGAUAUAAACCACAAAAUGUCAUGAAUUCUCCUGUUCCAUAUGAAAUAGGAUUUAAAGUACCGGAUAUAGUUGUUGAACCGCCGUACCCAAUAAAUGAUGGCAACAUGCCGCAGGCAAACAAUUUUCCUAAACCCAGUGCUCCUCCUAUGUGAAGUUGAGAUUGAAAAUUUUGUCGUAAUUUUAAAUAUUCUAUUUUUAUAAUAAGCAGAAAAUGUAUGUACAACAAAGUCUUUGC